AUGAUCAUGUCCAUUCUCGUGACCAUCCCCGUCCUCGUCGGACCGAUCGACUCUCGUGUCGCGCGGCUUCACAUGCUCAUGAAUCGCAGCGACCUCUCCUUGAAGGGCAAGGGCAAGGGGGAACUGGCCGCAGUUCCUAGGGCGACCUCGAGCCCCCUUACCCUUUGCGAUUGGGUGAGCGACAUUGAUAAAGCUUACAAGUCUCUUCCGUGGCCUGACGCAGACGAGGCCAAGUACGCCAGAUCUGAGGACGAGGUCAAGGACCGCUCAAGGCGGAAACGACUAAGGCUGAAGGAUGACACAGGCCAUAGGUCUUCAAGGCGUAGAUCGCCUCGUGACCGGUCCCGCGACCGGUCCCGUGAUCGGGGCCAUGGACGGUCUUCACGACAUCAUAAAGCCGAUGAUGAUCGUCGACGACGACGGCGCCGAAGGCGGAGCCGGUCACCGACUCCUCCCAACCCUCAUGAAGAGCCUCCCCUUGACCCGGAAGCGGCCUUUCGCGAAAGCCUCUUUGAUGCGAUGGCGGAUGACGAGGGCGCGGCAUACUGGGAAGGGGUGUACGGCCAGCCGAUCCACGUCUAUUCCAACGAGAGAGAUGGGCCACAGGGAGAGUUGGAGCGCAUGACGGACGAUGAGUAUGCUGCUUAUGUCCGCCAAAAGAUGUGGGAAAAACACACGAUGGUCUUUUAG